GGAGUGUUUCUUGUUUUGUACAUCGCUAACAACAGCAAAAGCUAUACGGUUUUUUUUUGCGAACAAAUUCAACACUGCCAUUUAUUAACAAAAUAAGUUCAGUAAAAUUGAAGCUUUACGCGCCGCUUAAGUACGUAUUGUAAUUGUUGGGAAUAAAGCGCGGCAGCUGCACACUGUGCAGGACUCGUAAUAAAAAAACCGGCAGCAGCAUCCACACACCCACACAUACAUACAUAUGUAGGUUGCUGAAGCAAAAAUCAUCUCCCAUUGUACGUGCGAAGAAGAGAAGCGUGAGCUCGACAGAGAGAGAGAGAGAGAGAGGGAGAAGAAACGACAAAGAAGGUGUCAUCAUCAACACAUUUAGGCCAUGAAGAACGUCUUGAUGGUGGCCGAGAAGCCCUCGCUGGCUGCCUCACUGGCCGCCAUACUCUCCAAUGGACGCUGCACGGCUGCAAAGCGAGGUAUCAACAGCUGCUCGACGUACGAAUGGAGCGGCAACUUCCGCAACGAGGGCACCGUCCACUUCCGGAUGACGUCUGUGUGCGGACAUGUGAUGUCGCUGGAUUUCAUUAGCAAAUACACGUCGUGGGACAAGGUCGAUCCCGUCGAGCUAUUCGGCUGCCCCACGGAGAAGAAGGAAUGCAAUCCGAAGCAACAGAUGCGCACAUUUCUAUCGCAGGAGGCGCGCGGCUGCGAUUAUCUGGUGCUGUGGCUCGAUUGUGACAAGGAGGGCGAGAACAUCUGUUUCGAGGUGAUGGACGCAGUGCAGCAUGUCAUACACAAUGUGUACAGUCACAAUGUGACAUAUCGUGCCCACUUCUCGGCCAUUACCGAUAAGGAUAUUAAGGGUGCAAUGGAUAAGCUCGGCCAUCCCAACGAGAACGAGGCCAAAUCGGUGGAUGCACGUCAAGAGCUGGAUUUGCGCAUUGGAUGCGCCUUCACGCGCUUCCAGACCAAAUUCUUUCAGGGACGGUACGGUGAUCUGGACUCAUCGCUCAUCUCGUACGGACCCUGCCAGACGCCCACGCUGGGCUUCUGUGUAAAGCGACACGACGAUAUACAAACCUUCAAGCCGGAAACAUUUUGGUAUCUUCAGCUACUGGCCGGGCAGCCGGAGUUUACGCUCGAGUGGGCGCGCGGACGUGUCUUCAAAAAGGACAUUGCCAUCAUGCUGCUGAAUCGCGUCAAGGAGCACAAGGAGGCCACCGUGGAGAGCGUCAGCAGCAAGGAGUCGUUUAGGAGCAAACCGCAGGCCCUCAACACCGUCGAGCUGAUGCGUAUCUGCAGCUCGGGAUUGGGCAUUGGGCCGUAUCAGGCGAUGCAGUUCGCGGAGAGGCUCUAUACCCAGGGCUAUAUUAGCUAUCCGCGCACAGAGACCAAUCAGUAUCCGGAGAACUUUGAUCUGCACGCCGUGCUGCGUGUGCUGCAGCCAUCGAGUGAUUUUGGCGAGGAGGCGCGCGCCAUUGCCGCCGAUUUUCAGACGCCACGUAAGGGCAAAGAUGCCGGCGAUCAUCCGCCCAUAACGCCAAUGAAGCUGGCCAAUCGCAACGAAUUCGAUCGGGACACUUGGCGGGUCUACGAAUUCAUUUGUAGGCACUUUCUGGGCACCAUAUCGCGCGAUCUGAAAUAUCGCACAACAACGGCCAAGUUACGCGCCGGCAUCGAGUCCUUUUCGUGCACGGCGAACGUGCUGCUGGACGCUGGCUACACCAAGGUGAUGACGUGGCUGGCAUUCGGCAAGGAUGAGCCGAUGCCGCCAUUUGUCCAGGGCACCCAGGUGGCCAUCAAUGAUGUCCGGCUCGCCGAGAGCCAAACCGGACCGCCCGACUAUCUAACCGAAGCGGAACUGAUCACCCUAAUGGAACAGCAUGGCAUCGGCACAGACGCAUCCAUACCGGUGCACAUCAAUAACAUUUGCCAGCGCAACUAUGUGCGAAUCGAGACCGGACGCAAACUGAUACCCACCACGUUGGGCAUUGUCCUUGUCCAUGGCUAUCAGAAGAUCGAUCCCGAACUUGUGCUGCCCACCAUGCGAUCCGAGGUGGAGCGCAUGCUAACGCUCAUCGCCAAGGGAUCGGCCAACUUUAACGAUGUCCUGCGACAUGCCAUCAUCAUUUUCAAGCUGAAAUUCAUGUUUUUCGUGCAGAAUAUCGCCAGCAUGGACAUGCUAUUCGAGUCCUCAUUCUCGCCCCUUGCCGAGUCGGGGAAGGCGCAUUCGCGUUGCGGCAAAUGUCGGCGCUACAUGAAGUACAUACAGAUGAAGCCGGCUCGUUUGUACUGCUCGAACUGUGACGAGAAUUAUACGCUGCCCAAUGGCAAUGUGAAGGUGUACAGAGAGUUCAAGUGUCCGCUGGAUGACUUCGGUCUGCUGGCGUUCUCGACGGGUGUGAAGGGUCGAUCGUUUCCAUUCUGCCCAUAUUGCUACAAUCAUCCGCCAUUCAGGGAUAUGCCCAAGUUUGGCGGCUGCAAUACGUGCACGCAUCCCACCUGCCCGCACUCGCUCAACACGCUGGGCAUCUCUGGGUGCGUUGAGUGCGAAAUGGGCGUUCUUGUCCUCGACAGCACACUGUCGCCCACCUGGAAGCUAGUGUGUAAUCGUUGCGAUGUCAUCAUCAAUUGCUUCAAGGGUGCCACCAAAAUAACAGUCGAAGAGUCCAAGUGCAGCGAUUGUGGCGCUCAGCUGGUGAAUGUAGUGUACAAAUCGGACAAAUCGAAAUUCAAGGAUGGCAGCGAGGAGAAGAGCGGCUGCAUCUUUUGCUCUAAUGAUUUCUCGCAUCUCGUCGAGAAGCAUCGAGCGGUUGCCUCGCGUCAAGUGCGAAGCGGUGCGUCUCGUGGCGGUGGCGGCGCUGCUGCCGGUGGUGGGGCCGGCGGUGCUGGUGGCAAUGCACGUGGCGGACGCCACGGUGGACGACCGCCCAAGGAUAAAAUGGCGCAGCUGGCGGCAUAUUUCGUUUGAUCGUUGGCCGACUAUCUACGAUGCUGAUCAACCCUAAUUGCAUUGCAUUUAAUUAUGUAACUCGUCACUAAAUUAGUCGAAAAUAAUUAUUUUGCGAGACUUGGCAGUAAUAAACGAAAUUUGUAUAAAA